CCGCAUUCGGACACUCCGCGAGGGUGCACCAUGCUGUGCAGCUGCUAAAGGAGACUAAAGCGAUGGGCUCUUUUGCAGGUCACGUCAUUCCCGGGACGCUUUUCCUUCUAGUGGGGCUGUGGCACCUGCGAUGCGGGAUUAAGAACUACCUCGCGGCGCCGCAAGCUUUCGUGUCGCGGAUGUGGCAUCCCGCGCCGCUCCCCGGGCACUGGUCGCGGCUCGAGCUGUACAUAAUAGUGGCGGGGUCGUUCCUAGAUAUGACCUUAGUGGAGCUCGGGAUCGGAACCGGGUUUCGCCCCAUCGAAAAUGGCGGCGUGGCUCCUGGUCACCUCAAUAACUUCGAGCACGCGUCCAUGCUGCUCAUGUUCUUCGUGCUGGGCUGCGCCGUUCUCGUCAGCGAAACCACCAGCCUGCUGCCUCUCCCCCUGGGUGCGCUCCACGUGCUGGCAGCGCUGGCCUUCCUGUGCGAGGGGCUGCUCUUCUCCCUCCACUCCACCACCCACAGCGGCGCAGAGCCGCGCUACCACCUGCUGCUCGCCCUCUGCAUCGCUGCGUGUGUCGCCUGCGCGCUGCUGGCGGCGGCCUGCCCCCGCUCGUUUCUUCUGGACGCCUUCGGCAGCGGCGCCAUCGCCUUGCAGGGCCUCUGGUUCUGGCAGACCGCUAUGUCACUGUACGGCCCGCUCAUACCAUCAGGCUGCUACUUGCAGCCCAACACAACGCUGCGCUGCGACUCAGAGGAGAUCGAGCACCGCGGCACGGCUCUGGCCGUCCUUCAGUUCAUCGCUCUCCUUGCAUCGAUCCUAGUGCUCUGUCUGGUGUAUUAUGGCGUGGCUGCUCGCACUGCUCCGCAGCCAUCCCUUGAUUUCAUUCGUGCAACGCAUGCUGUGAAGUGUGUCGAGGGGAAGGGUUGUGUGAGCGGCAAUAAGGCAGAGGUUGGGUUAGUAGGAGUGGCUCUUCAUGAGGAAGAAAAGGGCACAAGGGAAAUGGAUUCUGGUGGAGAGGAGGAAACACGCCUUUUAUCAGUAGGAAAGGACAACAGUGGGGAAUAUAACAGUGUGCUAUAAAGUCACUCCUUGUGCUAUAUGUGUAUCAUUCAAUACUAUUGGAAUCUAUUUGUUAAGC